CGGCGGGAGGAACCGGCUGAAAGGUGGUGGCUGCGGGCUGUGGUCGCGGGGGUCCGAGGGGCUCGCGCUUCCCCCUCCGCGCCAUGGCAAAGGCCGCAGACGUGGUGCGGCUGCUCCUGGGCUCCACGGCGCUGUGCUUCUCGCUGCUCGGCUCCCGGACAGCCUCGGCGUCCAAGGCGGUGACGGCCCACUUGGCCGCGAAGUGGCCCGAGACCCCGUUGCUGCUGGAGGCCAGUGAAUUUAUGGCAGAAGAAAGUAAUGAAAAAUUUUGGCUGUUUUUGGAAACUGUACAAGAAUUAGCAGUUUUUAAGCAAACAGAAUCAGCUUAUUCUUAUUACAACUUAAUCCUGAAGAAAGCUGGACAAUUCUUAGACAAUUUGCAUAUCAACCUCUUAAAGUUUGCUUUCUCAAUAAGAGCAUACUCACCAACUAUUCAGAUGUUUCAACAGAUUGCAGCUGAUGAGCCCCCGCCAGACGGCUGCGAUGCAUUUGUGGUUAUCCAUAAAAAACACACCUGUAAAAUUAAUGAGCUCAAAAAGCUGCUGAAGAAGGCUACUUCAAGGCCCAGACCUUACCUGUUUAAAGGUGAUCAUAAAUUUCCUACAAACAAAGAGAACUUACCAGUGACUAUACUCUAUGCUGAAAUUGGUACCAGAGCAUUUAGUAAAUUUCACAAAGUAUUGUCUGAAAAAGCUCAAAAUGGGAAAAUUCUGUAUGUUCUUCGGCAUUAUAUUCAGAAACCAGUCUCACAGAAAAUGUACUUAUCCGGCUACGGUGUGGAGCUAGCGAUUAAAAGUACAGAAUACAAAGCUUUGGAUGACACCCAGGUUAAAACAGCGACCAAUACUACUGUGGAGGAUGAGGUUGAGACAAAUGAGGUUCAAGGAUUUCUCUUCUGGAAACUAAAACAAAGGUAUUCAGAUCUUAGAGAUAAUCUGACAACAUUCCAAAAAUACCUGAUUGAGAGUAGCAAAGAAAUGACGCCUUUGAAAGUCUGGGAACUACAAGAUCUUAGUUUUCAGGCAGCUUCUCAAAUAAUGUCCACUCCAGUUUAUGAUGCCAUAAAAUUAAUGAAAGACAUUUCACAGAACUUCCCCAUAAAAGCCAGAUCUCUGACCAGAAUUGCUGUAAAUCAACUUAUGAGGGAGGAAAUACAGGAAAAUCAAAAGGGUCUUCAUGAUAGAUUUGAAAUUCAGCCAGGUGAUGCUUGUCUGUUCAUAAAUGGACUUCGUGUGGAUAUGAGUGCUUAUGAUCCUUUUAGUCUUUUGGAUAUGCUGAAACUAGAAGGAAAAAUGAUGAAUGGCCUCCGCAACCUUGGGAUCAUCAAAGAAGAUGUUAGCAGAUUUUUAAAAUUAAACUCCCAUGUUUUGGACCAUACCUAUGCGUUAGAUAUUAGGCAUUCUUCUAUAGUGUGGAUUAAUGACCUAGAAAAUGAUGAUUUGUAUGUCACAUGGCCUGCAAGUUGCCAGGAGCUUCUGAAGCCCUUGUUCCCUGGAACUAUACCUUCUGUAAGGCGUAAUUUUCAUAAUUUGGUUCUGUUUAUUGAUCCUGCUCAAGGAUAUACCUUGGAUUUUGUAAAACUUGCUGAACUUUUCUAUUACCAUAAAAUUCCUCUUCGAAUUGGUUUUGUGUUCAUUGUUAACACAGAUGAUGAAGUUGAUGGAGCCGAUGAUGUCGGCGUUGCUCUUUGGCGAGCUUUCAACUAUAUUGCAGAAGAACAUGAUGUCUCACAAGCAUUUAUUUCCAUAGUACAAAUGUACCAAAGAGUGAAGAAUGACAAUAUACUCACCGUGGACCAUGUGAAGAGUGUCCUCCUAAAGCUAUUUCCAGAUGCUAAUAUUUGGGAUAUUUUGGGCAUUCACUCUAAAUACGAUAACGGCAGAAAGGAAGGAGCAAGCUUUUACAGGAUGAAUGGCCUGGGUCCUUUGCCUCAAGCCCUUUAUAAUGGAGAACCCUUUAAGCUUGAGCAGCUGAAUGCUGCAGAGCUGGAAACAAAUGUUCUUCACAGAAUGAUGGAUGCAACCAUAAAUUUACAGAGGGAGGUUUUGACGGGCGUAUUAAAUGAUCAAACAAAUGUAAUUGAUUUCCUUAUGGAGAAGAAGAAUGUCGUACCCAGUGUAAAUCCUUCGAUUUUGCACACAAAAUGGCAGUACCUUAAUUUAAUAUCCACAUCAGUAACUGCUGAUGUUGAAGAUUUCUCCACAUUCUAUUUCUUGGAUUCACAAGAUAAGAGUGCUGUAAUAGCAGAGAACAUGUAUUAUUUAACCCAAGAAGAGGAUGAUGUAAUUUCUUCAGUUACUCUCUGGAUUAUUGCUGAUUUUGACAAACCAUCUGGGCGAAAACUACUGUUUAAUGCAUUAAAGUUCAUGAAAACAAGUGUUCACAGUCGGUUGGGGGUUAUUUAUAAUCCUACUUCAAAAAUAAAUGAAGAGAACACAGCUAUUUCUAGAGGAGUUUUGGCAGCUUUUCUUACACAGAAAAACAGCGUUUUGAGAAACUUUCUCAGGAAACUGGCAAAGGAAGAAACUGCUACAGCUAUUUACUCUGGAGAAAAAAUUAAAACAUUCCUUACUGAGGGGAUGGAUAAGAAUGCUUUUGAGAAAAAAUAUAACACUGUUGGAGUGAAUAUUUUCCAAACUCAUCAGCUGUUCUGUCAAGAUGUACUUCAAUUGCGUCCUGGAGAACUAGGUAUUGUCAGCAAUGGGAAAUUCUCAGGACCUUUAGAUGAAAAUUUCUAUACAGAAGAUUUUUACUUCUUGGAAAAAAUGACAUUUACUAAUUUAGUAGAGAAAAUUAAAGGCAUUGUUGAAAAUAUGGAAAUCAGUUCAAAGAACAUGAGUGACCUUGUUAUGAAAGUUGAUGCCCUUCUUUCCUCUUUGCCUAAACUUGCAUCUCGCCAUGAUAUCACAUUUCUGAGAGAGAAUCACAGCAUUAUAACGAUAAAUCCUGAAGAGAAUGACAUGUUCUUUGAUGUCAUUGCUAUUGUUGAUCCAUUAACAAGAGAAGCACAGAAGAUGGCCCAGUUAUUGAUUGUACUUGGCAAGAUUAUCAACAUGAAGAUAAAAUUGUUCAUGAACUGUAGGGGUAAGCUUUCAGAAGCCCCUUUAAAGAGCUUCUAUCGUUUUGUUCUGGAGCCAGAGCUGGUGUUGGUGGCUGGUGGCAUUUCUGGACCCGUGGCGACAUUCUUGGAUAUCCCUGAAGCCCCCCUUCUUACCCUCAACAUGAUUACUCCCGAAGGCUGGUUGGUUGAAACAGUACACAGCAACUGUGACCUUGACAACAUUCACCUCAAGGAUAUUGAGAGAACUGUUAUAGCAGAAUAUGAACUAGAGUAUCUACUGCUGGAAGGACAUUGCUUCGAUACAAUGACAGAACAACCUCCUCGGGGCCUGCAGUUUACACUUGGCACAAAAAAUAAACCUGUUGUGGUUGAUACAAUAGUGAUGGCCAAUCUCGGAUAUUUUCAAUUAAAAGCGAACCCAGGUGCUUGGAUACUGAAAUUACGUGAAGGAAAAUCUGAAGAUAUUUAUCAAAUAGUUGGGCAUGAAGGAACGGACUCUGAGCCAGACCAGGGAGAUGUCAUUGUUGUGAUAAACAGCUUCAAGAGCAAAAUACUGGAAGUACAAGUACAAAAGAAGCCAGACAAAAUUAAGGAGGAUAUCCUUACUGAUAAAGAUGAAAAGAAAAAAGGAAUGUGGGAUUCCAUUAAAAGUUUCACAAGAAGGUUGCAUAAAGAAAAAGACAAAAAGGAAGCAGAUGUUCUAAACAUAUUUUCAGUUGCUUCUGGCCAUUUAUAUGAACGCUUUUUAAGAAUUAUGAUGCUUUCUGUUUUACGUAACACCAAAACACCUGUGAAAUUCUGGUUUCUAAAAAAUUAUCUCUCACCAACAUUUAAAGAGGUGAUUCCUCACAUGGCCGAGGAGUAUGGCUUCCAGUAUGAACUCGUGCAGUACAGGUGGCCCAGCUGGCUCCAUCAGCAGACUGAAAAACAGAGGAUUAUUUGGGGUUACAAAAUUCUUUUCCUCGAUGUCCUCUUUCCUCUGGCGGUGGACAAAAUCAUUUUUGUUGAUGCUGACCAGAUUGUGAGACAUGACCUAAAAGAACUCCGAGAUUUCGAUCUGGGUGGAGCACCUUACGGGUAUACUCCAUUUUGUGAUAGCCGCACUGAAAUGGAUGGAUAUCGUUUCUGGAAAAAAGGAUACUGGGCAUCACAUCUCUUAAGAAGGAAAUACCAUAUCAGCGCCUUGUAUGUGGUGGAUCUCAAGAAGUUCAGAAGAAUUGCAGCAGGAGACAGGCUCCGGGGCCAGUACCAAGCUCUCAGUCAAGAUCCAAACAGUCUUUCAAACCUCGAUCAGGAUCUCCCCAAUAAUAUGAUUUACCAAGUCGCCAUUAAGUCUCUUCCUCAAGACUGGCUGUGGUGUGAAACAUGGUGUGACGACGACUCCAAACAGAGAGCCAAAACCAUUGAUCUGUGCAAUAAUCCCAAAACAAAAGAGCCCAAGCUACAGGCUGCUGCCAGGAUUGUCCCAGAAUGGGUGGAGUAUGACACGGAGAUCCGACGACUGUUAGAUCACCUGGAAAACAAGAAGAAAAACGCAAUUUUGACGCAUGAUGAGCUCUAGCACUGGCUUCCAGGAGGAAGACAGAAUGAGAGGACGUCUGCCACCUGCUGGGGAAGUGUGGAACUACUGCUAAGACUUUUGGAAAUUUCAUUAAAGAUCAGUGACAUACUCCUCAAUUUAAAUAAUAUUAAUUAUUUUAAAAUACAUGUACGUAAUGUAUUGAAUAAGUUUAAGUUAUAUAAAAAAUGACCAUCGAGUAUUUAAAACUAGAUUUUUUUUUUCUUUAUUGCUUGAAACACUGGGUUUUCACCCGUUAAAGUGGUACUUUGCCAGAUCGCCCAGUUAGAACAUAAGCAGACUGGCUGGUCCUCACGGGGAUGUAGCAAACCGACUCCGUCUGUGUUUUCCCUCUUCGUGCACCCAUAUUUCUUUAAUUGCAAACGCACUUAAAAUUAGAGAAAUCUCUUGUGUUUUUUUCUUUUGAGAAAGGAAAAGGACUCAUGGUUACCUCUGAAUAAUAAAAAAAAAAUUAAGCCCAUUUAUAACUUACUUUAAAAUGAAAGAAGUGUGGUACUAUACUAUAAUCAUUUAUUCAUCUUAAGCGAUAUGAUACAAUUCUAUGCUGUAUUUCUAUCUUCUUAGUGUUUCUAAUCUUUGAGAAAAUUACAUUCAUGGGCUUAGGAG